AUCGUGGGAGCUACUGCAGCCGUGGCGACGACAUCCUCAUGGGCUUCCGCGGCGCACGCUCGACUUCCCAGUGCAUUCGACGUGAUGGAUACAUUCCAUCCUGUCACAACAAUGGGGUGGUGGUCGACCACGUUUGGUUGUGCCGACGGUUGCAGUGCGACGGAUUCGUGCGCCAGCGAAAAUUUGUAUCGGACGGUUGUGGACCACCUCGUCGCCGAUGGGUACGUCCAGGCAGGGUAUACGUGGCUGUACGUCGAGGAUUGCUGGAUGUCCCGGUCGCGGGAUUCCUUCGGUCGCCUCGUGCCGAAUGUAACUACGUUCCCAAACGGGCUCGAAAGUAUUACAGCGUACGCCCACGCGCGUGGAAUUCGCGUCGCUGCGUCACUCGACCUUGGCGCCCAGACGUGCGCAGGUCUCCCAGGUUCCUUUGGUCACUAUGGCUUGGACGUGGUGACGUUGGCGAACUGGAAUGUCGAUCGAGUCCUUCUGACCACUUGCUCCGUCGCCAAUACGACUUCGUCCACGACCCCAUUGUCGCUCUACGCUCUCCUGUCGACCUUGACAUCUCUGGCAUCUGCGGUCAACUUGACAUCGCAUUGCGUUGUGCCUUCGACCACAAACCUGACAUUGCUCCAUGCGGUGUCUGGCCACUGCCAGCACGUUCAGCUGAACCCACGGGUGGAAGACGACUACACAGACGUGGUGAGGCACGUCGAGGCGGCUCUGCAUGAACUCAACGACUCGACCACGUCUCCAUUUUACAACGCUUCGUUCGGCCCAAUUGUAGCGGGAGGGUAUGGGCUCACGCGCGGUCAAGCGCGCAUCCAGCUCACGGCAUGGUACCUGCUGCGGUUCCCCCUCCUCGUCGCCGGCGACGUUUGCACGUCAACAACCGUGCGCAGUUCCGUGUUGAAUUCCUACUUUGUAAAGCUCUACACGGCAGCGUUGACCGCGACGUCGCGUCCACCAAAGCGAUGGACGGGUGUCGCCGUUCCAGGAGUGGACGUGUGGCUGUCGUGGAUCGAUAAAUCGGUGGUGAUAAGCGCCUUUCGCCUGCACAACGAGGCACCCCACGUGCCCGAGACGCUCGAAAUGGGCUGGGACGAUUUAGGACUGGAUCCUGCGGCCGUCUGUACUGUUACCAGGGUGUGGUCAGCCAAUGUCACAGUGAACCAAAAGCAUCGCUUUACUCUGACCAUCCCGCCGUACGACGCCGCGCUCGUCGUUGUCGAGCCCCAGUGAACGCGACAGCGCGUGUUCGACACAAGAGGUUAUCGCUAGAAUUAUCGUCGCGACCGAUUCGACUCGGAAUCGUUGCAUGGUGUCUGUGAAUGCAAAGUUUGUAGAAAUGGCAUCCAGGCGCUUCAGCUCCGCCGCUACCUGUCCUCAACAUAAAAUUCAUCCAUCGCAUUCGGUGUCGAUGCCGAGAUAGAUGUGGUUGCU